ACAGUAAAACCAUAGGCAGGUGCAUUCAUAUGAUGUUGCAUGAUGUUCAGUGUCUUUAGCAGUGUCAUGAUGUCUGUUUCCAGGUGGUGCUCCACAUAUCUCAGACAUGAGGAUUGUACUGCUGGGAAGCCGAAUGAAUUGGAAGAAUUCACCAGGAAACAUCAUCCUGGGAAGAGAGGAGUUGAAUACCUCAGGAGAAAUAGAUGAGUGUGUGAAGAGAGAGGGAGAAACAGCAGGGAGACACAUCACUGUAGUGGAGGCACCCGGAUGGAUUCACAAUCAAACUGUAGUGGAAACCCUUAAACGUGAUAAAAAACAGAUUGUCCUCAGUGUGUCUCUGUGUCCUCCAGGACCCCAUGCUGUACUGCUGGUCAUUUAUGCGCUCCACUCAUUCACAGAGACAGACAGAAGAGCAGUGCAGGAACACGUGGAGCUUCUGGGUUUUGGAGUCUGGAGUCACACUAUAGUGCUGUUCAUCUGUGAGGACUGGCUGGGAAGCACAACCAUUGAGCAGCACAUCCAGAGAGAAGGAAAGGCUCUGCAGUGGGUUGUAGAGAAAUGUGGGAACAGGUAUCAUGUUGUAGAGAAUAACAAGAGCGAUGGUGGCCAGGUGACAGAGCUGCUGGAGAAGAUAGAAGAGAUGGUGGCAAGAAACAGUGGAGGGUGGAGUAUGGGUGGCCGUCCUAAUUUUAGAGAAGGCCUACCUGAUGACUACUCAAGGGGAGAUAGUGGAUAUGACUCUGCUAAAUCAGGACUUGAAUCUGAGCUCAUAAAGACCUUUAAGCAGCUGAGUGCUGCUGGCUCUGCCAAAGGCUUUGGACAACAGAAGCCUCCCUUGAGACCAGAACAUCGAAAAGCACCAUGUGCUGAGCGGAAAGUCUUUGAAAGAAAAGUUCCAUUUGUGGAUGAGUCGACAAUAACUGUAAAUUAUGAUGAAUGCAUCGGACGUGGCUCCUAUGGAACAGUUUACAGAGGAUCAUACCAGGGAACUCCUGCUGCUGUAAAGAUGAUAGAAAUAAGAGACAAUCCAAGGACUACAAAUGAAUUCAUUAUACCUUGGCGUUUGUCUCACCCCAACAUCGUUCGGAUGAUUGCUGUAGCCAGAAGUGAGACACACGUCCUCAUUGCUAAUCAGUAUAUCCAUGGAGCCAACUUGCAGGAGGUGCUUUACAAAGACACUCCCAUCAAGUUGCAGGAUGAGGAUAAGCUGUUUGUGGCUGUAGAUAUUGCCAUGGCUGUUGAGUACAUACAUGGAAAAGCAAUCAUCCACCAAGAUCUGAAGCCAGCGAAUGUAAUGAUUGCAGCAGACAACCAAAAGGCCUACCUGACUGAUUGGGGCUUGGCGAACCUGAAGGAAACGGUGUCCAUGACGACAGGAAGCCGUCAAUCAGGGGCUCUCUGUGGUCCACUGGGAGGAACUCCAUCCUACAUGGCACGAGAAUGUCUAGUAAAGUGUAAGAACUGCAGCACCAUGUCAGACAUGUGGUCUCUUGGCAUCACUCUUCUGGAGAUGUUCACCAACUCUCAGACCUGGUCUAACAGCAGCCUUCAAGAGCUGCGUAAGCUUCUUUACAAAAAAAAACCUCCUCUUGCUCUGACUAGAUUACAGCCUACUCUUCAUGACAUUGUGAAACCAUUGAUAGAAUAUGAACCCAAGUCUCGCAUGAAUGCCAAAGACCUGGUGAUUCUGUUGAAGUCAAAAGUUGAUCUCACCAAAAGAUAUGGGUACAAAUGGUAGGAAGACAGGAGUGAAGGAUCAAUAGUUCUUUUUAAGCUGUUGCAUCUGAUAUGUAUAAGCAUUGUAUUAUUGUUGAAUAUAUAUAUAAAAAUGACGUUCCUCCAGAUGUAAAUCAAGUGCAUUCUGAAAAAGUCUCUCUUUGUGAGUGUUCUGGGCUCUGUAAAUGGUGAAUAAUACAAAUGUCUCCAUUCAGUAAAAUCAAACCAAGCAGAGCAGGGAGAAUAAUGAGGACAAUCAAAUGCCACAUAGGACAGGGAAAGGACUUAGUUGUGUGUGUUUGACAGGUUUAGGCAAAAAAGAUGAUUCCACUUUUUAUACCAGCUGUUUAAAGUCUGAGCAUUAAAAGGGCUUGUCAGGUUGUGUCAUAUCGCUUUUUUGUAUGAUCGUAGAUAGAGUAGAUUUUGUAUAUAUAUAUUUUAACAUGAUGUCUUUCAGACAUGUUUCCUAUACAAUCAUGAUGACCUUAGCAGCUAGUGGAUAGUAGCACAAAUGUAAAUUUUUAGUACUCUACUGUCUAGCAAAUGUAUAUGUUUAGUACUGUACUGUCUAGCAAAUGUAUAUGUAAAUUAAAUAUGCACAAUGGAAUUCUGAUGGAGUUUAGCAGAUCACAAUCUGAAAACAAAUGCCAAAGGCCUUCCCUUUUACAGACAAAUAUAUUUUUUACAAAAUGUUUCCAACAUGAAAAUAAUGUUACCAUUAUUUCCAUGAUGUGCAGAAGUCAAAUCUUUACACCGGAACUUUAAAGUACAGUACCUCUUAAGCAGCUACUUUCAAGCAAACCAUUCCUCAUGAUAUUCCAAAUUCACCAUUACAUUUGACAAAUAAAUAUAUAUAUUCUU